UUCGUCUUUUCCUUACAUAAUUAUUUGAGCAUUUCAUACCAGUAUAGACGUAAUGAUUCAACUAUUUAUAUCGACAACGUACAACGUUAUAAAUAUACAUUCUAAAUAUACGUCAGCCAGUGUUUUGCGUUCAUUCUGACAGCAUCUGAAUUCAUUCCGUUUCAGAAACGAAGACGCUAACAUUUGUCGAAUUCACGCCGAAAACAUGCAUUCCGUCCGCGGGCCCAUAAAAUAAUGAAAGUGUCGCGUAAUACAGCGCAAAUAGAUGUGAAUUCUAGCCUUGCCUGCCUUACCAAAAUUGGGCACCCGUGCGUGGUCGGCAUAAACUACAUUAUUAAAUAUUUCAAACAGUCGGAUCAGUUGCAUUAGUGUUAUUGAGCCGUGCUUCCGUUAUGUCACACGAAGCGCAGUUGAAAAGAAGCUACAAAGCGGAUUUUUCCGGAGCAACGCCGUUAGUUACUCGAGAACGGAGUUUCGUCAGGCCCAGCAAGGAUCCGCAGAAACGCAGGAGCCAGACCAUGCUAGCGAUUAGAGGAAAACCGACGAUGGAAAUCUACAGGCCACCCAACGUGAGGACUGACAUUCCUGCGAGCGGUAAACUGAACGUCCACGCAAAAGAAUUCACCAUGAAUCACGAGUUGCACCCAUCGAAAUCAAGCGGAAAUCUAAAUUUAGCCAUGGCUUACGAGGCGAUGCCUCUGCAACACUCAAAGUCGAGCGGCAACAUUCUCAGACAACUUAAUCAUCCAGGACUGUUCCCCAUAAUGCCCGGAGUGCCUCUACCGCUUCUACACUCUGCAUCGUCUUCGCAUAUCCUGAACCACAUGCCUAGGCCAAACUACCAGUUCCCACCGGAAAUGCUGGCGCACCCCGUCUUCUCCGGAGUGAACCAGCCGAUCUAUCACCCGAACUGGGCUAACCUCCAAACUAAACAGCCCGUUUCGAAACCAGCCUCGCUGAAACGAUCCAAAAGUUUGGGCGCAGCGGACUCCAAACACUUAGUCACGAAGCUGAAAGGAAUUUCCAAAGAGGAUAUCGACCUGAGUAUAUUUUCAGGGGAGGACCAAGUCAACAUCAAGACAGCCCUGGAAGACCCGAACCAACUCGCCUCCAGGACCCUAAUGGACCUGGUGAAAAUCAUCUUGGAGAAGGUAGUCGAAGGGAUCAAGUACAGCGAACCGAUCGCGAAGUUGUGCAUUUCCAUAAUCGAAAACGAGAAAAACCAAACGUUCUUGGAGUCGUUGUUGAACACGUGUCAGCAGUGGUACCAGGAGAGAGACAAAAUCCUGCGGGGGAUCAAAGCAGGCGACGGCACGCGCUUCACGGCGUUCAUGUGGUUCCUGACGGAAAUGUGCAGCCAGAUCAAGAGACACCAACUGAAGGAUCAGUUCGAAUCUCUGCAGCCCGAACUCGUCCUGCUGAACGUGCUGGCGAUGUGUUGCCAAGCGUGCGUCAGUUUGCCGAUCAAGUGCCUAUCGGAAACGGAGUGUUUGUUUUUUGUUUUGACGUCGAUCGGGAAAGACUUGGAAGCGGAACUUCCGCUGCAGCUCGAGCAGCUUUUGGCGAGUGUUCGAGACGGGUUUCUGGCCAGUGCGGGAUCUGCGAGUGUGAGACGUACUCUUUUGCAACUCAUCGAACUGCACGCUUCCAAUUGGCAGUUGCCUGGUUCGUCCGUUCUAUACUAUUAUCCCAGAAUUAAAUGAUGCUUUUCUUGUUUUGUUCAUGUGACCACUUGGACCAAAUUGUUUUUUAUACGUGUUAUUUGAAGUAAAACUAUGUCUACUGUUCAA